GCUGUACCCCAGUACAAUGAUGUGGACCUUAGCCACUUCUCCUCUAGGGACGAAGCUUCCAAGCGUGAAAGAAAGACAAGCCAUUCGGAUGACACUAGAGCUGGUCAUUGUGAACCGGAGAGCGACCGAAUCAGCAUUGAUGAGUUGACCCGGAUAAAUCCCGUACAUGGGCAAGUGAAGAUCGACACUGGAGCAGGGAAUGAUGUGUUCGUAAUGAGUGGCAUGGUGGGUCGCAACGAGUAUACUAAAAAUGACUUCCUGGUCGUUGAUUUAGGAGCAGAUGGUAACCUGCUGUCAAUUGGAGCUACUCUCAAUAUUGGUACCUUCUUGAGAGGAAUUCGAUGUACUCGCGGAAACUCCCAGUGUUAACAUUGAUGGUAUUACCACAGAACUUGCGUUCCAGCGGAGCUCCCAAAAAGUCAUAACGAACAGGGAAAAUGUGCCAACAUUUUGGAUUUCUCUAUUCAGAGAAUUGAAAAAUUUAGGUCCUUGAAAACAUAACGCAAACUUUUUUAUAUUUGUUCUGCAAGGAAUAUGUAAAAGUAAUUGCAUUUUCGGAUGCAAUAGCAAUGAUGGCUACUCGAUAACGAAAAUAAUCUUUUAAGAGUAUUAGGAAGACGGCCUAUCUUGAACAAAAACACGAUCUUUCCUAUUUGAAAUCGAUAUACAUUAUAUAGAUUAAGAGGUAAACGUGGAAGCCUCUCGUCCGGAAUCUUCUUCGAUAACUCUUAUGGCGACGGAGAUCUUUACUUCAUGAAGGGUGACUGGGGAUGGAGAAGAGUAGGAAAUGUGAAAGGAGUAACCAUCUUUAAAGGAUCCAGGUAUGUGACCACUUAACAGUAAUGGAAGAAAUAAUUUUGAUAUUCUCAAAAGCCAGAUGGGUCGGAUAUCCAAAACUGAUCAAUAAAUGUUUUCAUUACUGGUAAUACUAGUUUCUAUUGAUCAAACGACCAGGGGAAUCCAAGUUCUUCACUGACUCUGUUCCUGUAAACAGUUGGCUUUGAAUCGAUAAAAAAAGAGAGAUUUCUCCUGAAGUGCAUCGCCCUUUUUUCAUUUUGAUUCUUUUAAAUUUCGCUGAAUCUAGUUUUCUCACUUACUCAACUCUAAUUCUUUCUUAACAUCACUCGUAUUUAUAAUGAUGAAUACAUAAUCAAUUGUUUAUGUUUCAUUCAGACUUCAUGAUGAGGUUACCAUGGGAACAAAAGGACCAUUCACUGUCAUACAGAACGAAGGGGCCAAUAUAUACUCUUUCAACAUGUUUGACUUGGAGCAUUUUCGGGAAAAAGGUAAU